AGUACCGAGACAACUACCGCGCAGGCGCAUUCCACGGCCCGCCAGAGGGAGGGAAGGCCUGGCCACUUUCCGCAACCCGCGGGGGCGCACAGUCUCCUCCUCCAGCUCUGCAGACUCAGGCCUGGUCUUUUCUCCUGGAGACACAUGCCCAGGACCCUGCAAGGGCCACAGGACCCUGAUGGCUGAGGACCAGGAAUCAUUGACCUUUAAGGAUGUGGCUGUGGACUUCACCCUGGAGGAGUGGGGCCAUCUGGGGCCUGGCCAGAGGGAGCUGUACCGGGAUGUGAUGCUGGAGAACUACCGGAACCUUCUUUCCCUGGGGGCCGGGCCUCCUGGGUCCAAACCUGAUGUGAUCUCCCGUCUGGAGCGAGGGGAGGAGCCCAGAAUGGAGAACAGGGAAGCCCAGCUAGCUGCCUGUCCAGCCUUGGAUACCAGCUCUGCAACACCUCAGGAGACACUUCUGAGAGAGAGCAUUUCUGAAGAGGCCACUUCCCCUGUGGGAAAGAGGGAGGGGGUUUUAAGGGCAAUGCUUGGAGAUGCCAGGCUGGGGGGAUCCUGGGCCUGGAGCUGUCGGUUGGAGGACCAGGAAAAGCAAGAGAGGCGUUUGAGGUGUUUGUUUGCUCCUUGCAAGGAAACCAUCUGUGGGGAGAGAGGCAUGGGGUGUCUCAAGCUGGGGCAGAGCUUCAGACAGACCUCAGCCUUCAUCAAGAAGCAAAGAGGGCUGGUGGGAGAGAGAACUUGGAAGAGGAAUGGACCAAGAAAGAUCCUGAAAUGCCAAAGAACCUUCAUAGAAAAGAAGCCAUUUAACUGCAUAGAAUGUGGGAAAACCUUCAUUUACCAUUCAGACUAUAUUCUGCACCAGAGGAUUCACACGGGAGAGAAACCCUACAAGUGCAAUGAUUGUGGGAAGGCAUUUAGCAACAGUUCAUAUUUCAUUCAGCACCACAUCAUACACACAGGAGAGAAGCCCUACGUGUGCGGUGAGUGCGGCAAGACCUUUACUCAGAGCUCAUCGCUUACUGAGCAUCAAAGGAUCCACACUGGAGAGAAGCCAUACAAAUGCAAGGAAUGUGGGAAGGCUUUCACCCAGAGCUCCUCCCUCAUUAAACACCAGCGGUGCCAUACUGGGGAAAAACCCUAUAAAUGCAACCAGUGUGGGAAGUUCUACUCACAGGUGUCCCACCUCACCCGCCACCAGAAAAUCCACACAGGGGAGAAGCCCUACAAAUGUGCCGAGUGUGGCAAAGCCUUCUGUCACACUUCUUCCUUGACUCAGCACCAGACCAUCCACACCGGAGAGAAACCCUACAAAUGUAAUGAGUGUGGGAAAACCUUCAGCCACAGCUCGUCCCUGUCCCAGCACCAGCGAGUUCACACGGGAGAGAAACCCUAUGAGUGCUCUGAGUGUGGAAAGGCCUUCAGCCACAGUUCAUCCCUGACUCAGCAUCAGAGAAUUCACACUGGUGAGAAACCCUAUGAGUGUAACGAGUGUGGGAAGGCUUAUACACAGAUUUCCCACCUCAUGAGGCACCAGAGCGUUCACAUGGGAGAAAAACCCUACAUAUGUAAUGAAUGUGGAAAGGCUUUCAGUCACACCUCGUCCUUCACACAACACCAGACAAUUCACACUGGUGAGAAGCCCUACAAAUGUAACGAAUGUGGAAAAACCUUCAGCCAGAACUCUUCGCUCACCCGCCACCAGAGGAUUCACACUGGGGAGAAGCCUUAUGAGUGUAAAGUUUGCGGGAAGGCCUAUACCCAGAUUUCCCACCUCAUCCAACACCAGAGGAUUCACACUGGAGAGAAGCCUUAUGAGUGCAGUGACUGUGGGAAAGCCUUCAGCCGGAGCACCCACCUUAUUGAGCAUCAGAAAAUCCACACGGGCGAGAAACCCUACAAGUGCAGAGAAUGUGGGAAAACAUUCAGUCACAACUCCUCCCUCACCCAACAUCAGAGAAUUCACACUGGCGAGAAACCCUAUGCCUGUAAGGAAUGCGGGAAAGCCUUCAACCAGAGCAUCCACCUUAUUCAGCAUCAAAGGACCCAUACCGGAGAGAAGCCCUAUAAAUGUAACAACUGUGGAAAAACCUACACCCAGAUUUCACACCUUAUUCAACACCAGAAGGUUCAUGUGGGUGGAAAACGCUAUGUGUGUAAGGAAUGUGGGGAGGAUUUCAGCUGGAGUUCACAUCUGGCUAAACACCAGAGGCUUCACGCUAUGCACAGCACCUACGUCUGCAAUGAUUUUGAGAAACCCUUUGCAUGGAGCACACAGCUUGCUGAUAUUCCAAGAACUCUUGCUGACCAGAAAGCCUAAGAAAUUAGCCCGUGGGCAAUUCUGAUGCUGGGUUCAGUGCAGCCUUCAUCAGCACCAGUAACUUCCUCCCAGAGAGGAACCCUAACACCAUAUACUGUGAGAGAGAGUUGCUUCUCUGUUUCUUACAAGGAGCUGGUGCCAUUGAUCACCUGCUGGGACACCUUCUGAUCAUUUUAGGAGCUCCCUCCUAAAAUCUCAGCUUCCCCCCUAUUUUUCAAUCUUAUGGUGUCCCCAGAGGGUGGUGUAAAUGAAACGAGACAUCAUCUGAUAUCUUUAACAAGGUCUCUGUGAACUUUUUUUAUUAAAGAUUUUAUUUGUUUGACAGAGAGUGAUCACAAGUAGGCAGAGAAGCAGGGAGAGAGAGGGGGUGGGGAAAGCAGGCUCCCUGCAGAGCAGAGAGCCCUAUGCGGAGCUCGAUCUCAGGACCCUGAGAUCAUGACCUGAGCCGAAGGCAGAGGCUUAACCCAACUGAGCCACCCAGGUGCCUCUCUGUGAACUUUUUAAAUUUAUCGACCAAAAUAAAUAAAGAAAUAUGAGACUGACGCGCUACCUACUGCGCUAACAAGGCACCUAAAAUAAAUAAAUAAAUAAAUUUAUCAAUCAGUCAUUAAAUUAGAGCUUGAAAAUUCAAGAAAAAAAAUCACAACUGGAAAGAUUAACCCUUUAGAGUACAAGUUUAUGUAGCUGAGCAUCAACACUAGAUUUUAGUAUCCUACAAAACUUCAAGCUACAAAUUUCAUGACCAUGCCUGCAGUUGGCUUAAACACAGUAUGUUCCACUAUUUACAGUCAUUUUUAAAGGCUUAUUUUUUGCAUCUUUCUCAUGUCCAGGAUUUAUGCUCUAUAAAGGAGUUGCCAUCUUAAACAUCAUUUUCUGUUUUUCUUCAUGCCCAAAAGUAAGUUUUUCUUUCAUCAUAUUUUAUCAUAAAAACAUACUAUUAAAAAAAGGGGGCAGGUCGUGCCUGGGUAGCUCAGUCCGUUAAGUGUCUGACUCUUGACUCCAGCUCAUGUCUUGAUCUCAGGGUUGUGAGAUUGAGCCCCGAGUCAGGCUCUGCACUGAUUGUGGAGCCUACUUAAGAUUCUCUCCCUCUGUCUGUCUGUCUGUCUCUUUCU